CAAGAUGAUGAAAAUCAUAAUCCUCGCCUUGGUUUGUCUGUCCAUGACAUCUGCCGUCAUGAAGGGAUACGGCUACGGCCUGGGCAUGGGCUAUGGCGGCAUCGGAUACGGAAUGGGCAUGGGCUAUGGUGGCAUUGGAUACGGACUGGGCAUGGGCUAUGGCGGCAUCGGAUACGGAAUGGGCUUCGGUGGCCUGGGAUACGGAUUGGGAAUGGGAUACGGUGGCUACGGAAUGGGCUAUGGUGGCUACGGAAUGGGCUAUGGCGGUUACGGACUGGGUAUGGGCUUUGGCUACGGAUACGGCAAGAAGAUGAUGUACUAAUCGUAUCUAUGACACUGACAUACGGAAUAUCUACAGACGUCACGUGACAGCUGAAGACACCAUGCCAUUAUGGACUCCCGCAG